AGCAAACCACCCUUACUUUUGGGAUGAGAGGGAGGACUUUAACCGAAUUUGAGUCUUUCGGGGUACCAGCCCCAUCGGAAACCGGGGCAGUGUGUGUCAGAAGCCGAAAAUCAACAGGAACCCAAGCCGCCAAAUUUGGCUGCAAAUUCUGAGACCGGUUUUUACGUGAACUCCUCCAUCCGCUAUUCCUUGUCUGAACGUUCUGUGAAUUUGUUGAGGACCUGUGAACUAUCGGAACACCGUUUAUUGAGCUUUACAAUAGAUUCGUUUCCGAAAAACGGAUUGUUACAUUUUGGAGCUCGGGGUUAUGGUUUGUUUUUGGACAACUUUUUUGGGGGGGAAUUGCCUUUGUCGCAAUCUGUCCCAUCGGUGUUCUGUACAGUAAUGCGGUUCGAUAAUUUAUUUAAUGAAUCGGUGUUAUAGACAUCUUCCGGCGUAUGUUUUGCUGGAACUUGGCUGUGGCGUUGCGUUAAUGUGGGAGAACGACUCCAUGAUCUUAAAUAUCAGUUCCAGACCUGCUUUACUGUCGUUAGACUAGGGUGCAGCAAAAGCAAAAAGCAGACGCAGAACCACUUCGGGGAUCAAGAAAUUAUUAAAAUGUCAACUAGAACGCCACUACCUACUGUCAAUGAGCGUGACACUGAAAAUCACACCUCGCACGCUGAUGGGCGCAACGAGGUUACCACGCGACCCGGCCGCUCGGGCUCCCGCUGCCGGAACUCUAUCGCCUCGUGUGCCGACGAGCAGCCGAACAUCGGAAACUAUCGGCUGCUCAAGACCAUCGGCAAGGGAAACUUCGCCAAGGUCAAGCUGGCACGCCACGUCCUCACGGGCAGAGAGGUUGCCAUUAAAAUCAUUGACAAGACACAAAUGAAUCCUACCAGUCUUCAAAAGCUCUUCCGAGAAGUCAGAAUAAUGAAGAUUCUAAACCAUCCGAACAUUGUGAAACUGUUUGAGGUGAUAGAGACUGAGAAAACUCUCUACCUGGUGAUGGAAUAUGCCAGUGGAGGGGAGGUCUUUGACUACCUCGUAGCUCACGGGAGGAUGAAGGAGAAGGAAGCCAGGGCUAAAUUUAGACAGAUUGUGUCAGCUGUGCAGUACUGCCAUCAGAAAAAGAUUGUCCACAGAGACCUGAAGGCUGAGAACUUACUCCUGGACGCCGACAUGAACAUCAAGAUCGCCGACUUUGGCUUCAGUAACGAGUUCACAAUGGGCAGUAAGCUGGACACAUUCUGCGGCUCCCCACCCUACGCCGCCCCAGAGCUGUUCCAGGGAAAGAAGUACGACGGGCCUGAGGUGGAUGUCUGGAGCCUGGGAGUCAUACUGUACACGCUCGUGUCAGGGUCGCUGCCCUUCGACGGUCAGAAUCUGAAGGAGCUGAGAGAGCGUGUUCUGAGGGGUAAAUACCGUAUCCCUUUCUACAUGUCCACCGACUGCGAAAACCUCCUCAAGCGCUUCUUGGUGCUCAACCCAUCCAAGCGUGGUACACUUGAGCAAAUCAUGAAGGACCGGUGGAUAAACGCAGGCCUAGAGGAGCAUGAACUGAAGCCAUUCAUGGAGCCAGAACAGGACAUCACAGACCAGAAGAGAAUAGACAUCAUGGUGGAGAUGGGCUACACUCAAGAGGAGGUCACUGAGUCUUUAACCAAGAUGAAGUACGAUGAGAUCACCGCCACCUACCUGCUACUGGGCAGGAAGUCCACAGAGUUGGAGGCCAGUGACUCCAGCUCUAGCAGUAACUUGUCUCUGGCCAAGGCGCGGCCCGCCAGCGAGCACAACAACAACGACCAGUCUUCUGCCCAUCUCAAGACCCAGCGGUCCAUCUCCAGCACCCAGAAACAGAGACGCUACAGCGACCAGGCCGGUCCGUCCAUCCCCUCGGUGGGCUACCCCAAGAGGAGCCAGACCACCUCAGCCGACAACGGCGACUACAAAGAGGACGGGGGUGCUCAGACCCGGAAGUCUGGUUCGUCGGGUGGGCGCAGCAGCGGCAUUGCCCCUGCCAGUCCUCUACUGGAUAAUGCCAACAACCCCAACAAGGCCGACAUCCCCGACCACAAGAAAGGCUCCACCACACCCACCGCUAACUCAGUGUCAGGGGGCAUGACGAGGAGGAACACGUAUGUGUGUAGUGACAGGAAUGCCUCGGACCGCCACUCUGCUGUCAUCCAGAAUGGAAAAGAGAACAGCACAACGGCGACGUCCAGUCAACGGAACCCUGGCGGCGCCACGCCCCCCGACCGGGUGCAUUUCCCCCGUGGCACGGCCAGCCGCAGCACCUUCCACGGCGGCCAGCUGCGGGAGCGCCGCACUGCCACCUACAACGGCCCGCCUGCUUCGCCCACGCUCUCGCAUGACGCCACACCCCUCUCGCAGUCCCGCAGCCGCGGCUCCUCCAACCUCUUCACCAAGCUCACCUCCAAGCUCACACGCAGUCGCAACAUGUCAGGUGAUCAGGAGGACCAGCAGCAGCCUCAGCCCCCCCACGGCCAACACCCCAAGGACACCAAGCCACGCUCCCUCCGCUUCACCUGGAGCAUGAAGACCACAUCGUCCAUGGAGCCCCACGACAUGAUGAGCGAGAUCCGCAAGGUGCUGGACGCCAACAGCUGCGACUACGAGCAGCGCGAGCGCUUCCUGCUGCUAUGUGUGCACGGUGACGGCCACGCCGAGAGCCUGGUUCAGUGGGAGAUGGAAGUGUGCAAACUGCCGCGACUCUCACUCAACGGUGUGCGCUUCAAGCGGAUCUCGGGCACAUCCAUCGCCUUUAAGAACAUUGCGUCCAAAAUCGCCAACGAGCUCAAGUUGUAGGGCCUCCUAAAGAUACGAGGGUGGGGGAGUGUUGAUCGAGCAGGUAAAAUCUUGCGAUUUGAAAUAGACUAAAGCAGGGAUAUUCAACUCUUACCCUAUGAGGGCCGGAGCCUGCUGGUUUUCUGUUCUACCUGAUGAUAAAUAAUUGCACCCAAUCUUGUGUCCCAGGUCUAAAUCAGUCCCUGAUUAGAGGGGAACAAUGAAAACAUGCGGUGGAACUGGCUUUGAGGUCCAGAGUUGUAUUUGACGGGACUAAAGGAGGCUGCGUAACGUGGGGGAAAGAAAGCGCUUCAAAAUGGACUCUGAACGAGCCGUACAGUCGUUAUAAAAAAAACUUAGGUCGCAAAUUCACAACGGUUUUCCUCCAAGACACUUACAAAGUAUGUAUUGAAAACUAUGUAUAGCUUUUGACAAUCAUUUCCUGUGUCUUUGGAGCAUUAUCAUUGUUGAUGAUGUGAGAGGUGGUCUUGAGCUGUCGGGACGUUGGUCUGACAUUGACAUUUAGUUGUCUUGUUUUUUUGCCGAACGCAUUAAUGCCAUUGUGGCUCUGGAACAGGGCUCUCCAAGCCUGCUCCCGGAGAGCUAUCAUCCUGUAGGUUUUUGCUACAUCAGGUUAGUUACAACUGUGGUUGGAUUGAAAACCUACCGGAAGGUAGCUCUCCAGGAACAGGGUUGGAGAGCCCUUGUCUGGAAGAUGCCUCCCCAUUGGGAGUUUAAACUCUCAUACGAGGGAGUGGAGGAAGAACAUUACAAAUGGACCCCUUCCCCCUCUUACAGAGUACCCAGAAUCUCUCUUGCCAAGAGAAUAUGGCUGCCAGAUAUGAGUGGUUGGAUAGCCUAGCUAAUUGCACAAGUAGUUACGGUAUUAUUGUCAAAUACUGUUGAUUUUGGCAGUUUGCGCCCUCUACCCUUACUUAGCCAGCUUCUACACACUUGCACACACACUUUCAUUCUAUGAUUUGAACCGGUUGUUCAUCCAUGUGAUAACAGCAUAAAUGCAAUGUAUGGACCCAGCUAAGCCUCUGCUGUACGGGGUCACCCACUCCAGAAAGCAGGGCCUGGAGGAUGACGCACUUCGGCAGACCCACGAUUUAAAAUGGGGGAUUGUUGCAAAGUAUCAUGGGACUGGGUCACUCGCUACAAAAAAGAGACUUCAGUGAAGAUUUUCCUUCCUGGCAUAUCUGCAUAUUUAGUUUUUUUCCCCUUUGUUUGCAUAAUUGUUUCAACGGUUCUCUUCUCAGAUAUUACUGAAAUGCCCCCUUCUAUCUGGUCCCACCUACCUGGGCCGGUUCAGAUGUGGUCGGCCAUUCCUGGAACAGAUCGAAGAUCAACCACGGCCAUAUUCAGGCCUUCAGUAUUCACUUCCACCCUCCUAAAAACGCUGGCACUGUUUUUUUUGGGGGGGUGGGGGAGAAUGUAAAUAAUAUACCUUAGUUUUGCAACAGCUGCAUAUUGAUAUACUUCCUUGUUUUUUUAUUGAGCCCGGAGCUGUGGAAUUAGUGUUAACUCAUUCAUCACCGGGUAAGUUUAACACGUGUCUCUAUUAAAAUACCUUCAGUGACUAGCCUCUGUGUCUGACUGAAUCCAUGGCAACUUCAAGGGUUGUGGGUUCGAUUCCCGCAUGAGACACCUAACGAAUGUGUUGACUUCAGAAGUCGCUUUAGAAAUAAAGUGACCAUAUUCUCUCUUGCAAAAGCUAUUUGGUCAAUAAAGUUUUAGAUGAAAAUGCUA